AGGAUUUAAUAUCGGAUCAGUCGACUACGGACCACGUUCUCGUGCGUACUACCCCUGCACUUACAUUCACCCGGUUGACGCGUUUUCCUUGUCACCCUCCGACGUUUGUAAAACGCUCCCGGCGACCGCGGCGAACACCGAAAUAAUAGGGUCACGAGUAGUAUGGUGCUACGAGAAAAACGUCUACUGCCAUCGGACACUUUUCGACCCGUCGUUAAUGUCGUACAUACGAAAAGGUAUAUAAAAUGAAAAGAAUUCGACCAAAAGUUGUUUUUGCGGGAUAGGAUAUUCAAGAAAAUUAAAAUAAUUAACAUGGCGGCUGUGAAGUCGUGAUUGCGGACAUACAAUGGUAGUGAUUUUAAACGCUAUCUUAGUUUCUUUCCUGUCAGUCGUCGUUGCAAAAAUCCAAAAAGACUGUGUUUUGGAAUUGCCUACAAACGGCUCUCGCGAUGUUUAUUGUGACGUCAUACCGUACAAAAUUGACUUGAAUCACACUAACGGUAUGACAAAACUAGACAUAUCGCAAAAUAAUUUAAACGGGAUUUAUAUUUUUAAUGAUAAAAAUAUAACGUUACCUACACUUGACGUGUCCAGAAAUAACAUUCUAAGUCCUUGCCAUGUUGCCAUUAGUAAUAUGGUAAACGUAGAUUCUAUGAUAUUAUCCUUUAAUAAGAUAUACAAUUUCUCAAUGUGUUCAGAAAUUAGGAAUCUUACGUUAAGUUGGAAUUACAUUAAAUCCUUAAAUAAAACUGAUAUGGUUAAUGCAUCUUCUUUGCAAGUUUUAGAUCUUGGUAAUAAUUAUAUCUUAUGGAUUGAAAAUAAUACAUUUGUCGGAAUGCCGGAUCUUCAAUGGUUAAACUUAAGAGGUAACGCGUUAACAAGAAUAUCAGAAAAAACCUUACCAAGUACUACGUUAAGUUAUCUUGACGUUUCUGAAAACUAUGAUCUCGAUAGCACAACAGUAUUUCAACCAUUUGAAAAUCUAAUUGAAUUAAAUAUUGCCAAAAAUACAAAAUUAGCUCCUGUUGUUUUGGGUUCCGGUCCAAGACUUCAAUCAUUAGAUGUUUCGUACACCAAUCUUACAGAAGUUCCAGUCACACCAGCUCCACUAUUAGGCUCACUUAUAUUGAGUGGAAAUGCGAUAAAAACGGUAAAUAGUGGUGAUCUAGAUGGUUUUCCACUUCUCCGAUUGCUUAACAUUAAUGCUAAUCGCAUUAAAAUUGUAGAAGACGACGCAUUUGGUCGGCUCGAUUUACUGAUCUUAUUGGACUUGAGUAAUAAUUUAUUGGAAACAGUACCAAAAAGUUUACCAGAAAGAUUAGAAAAAUUAAAUCUAGAAGGUAAUAGGAUACAAAACUUGGGGAUUGAAGACUUUGAGGGUUGCAAACGACUGAAAAUAUUAAAUGUUCGGAAAAAUAAUAUUCAGCACAUACAGGACUUUACGUUUGCAUCUCUAUUAUUUCUUGAUACUUUAGAUUUAUCUGAAAAUCCGAUCAAGAUGAUCACUAGAGAAAUGUUAGCAGGUCCAGUAAAAUUAAAAGUCUUAAAGUUGGAGAAGCUGAUAGCACCAGAAACGCCAACAUUUCCAUUCACUGAUACACGUUACUUGAAUCGAAUCCAAUUAGCCUACAGCAAACAUCUUGCUGAAAUUCUAUUAAAUGAUAGUGCUGUAUUGUCAUCUAUGUUUCAACUUGAAUAUUUAGACUUAACGGAAUGCGAUAUUGUUUCACUUCCAAACCGUUUACCUUAUCACAUGCCUAAAAUUAAAACAUUAAUAUUAAACGAACUCAAGUGCAUCGAGUCGUGGCUCAGAGACUGGCUUUGUGAGAUCUACGCAUCCGAAGAUCACCAUUACAAAUUAAGCAAGUCUGAAUUGAGACUCAGAAGCUAUCAGUUGGAAAAAUUCAAAUCACCAGUGGAAAAUGUGCAAUGUAGGCAAGAUAAUGGUAAUAUUCAACAAGUGUUCGAUGCAGAAUACUGUGCCACAAGGACGACAAUUCCGACCUAUCAAGUUACUACGACUACAACAGAACAGACAGCAGUAUUUGCACGAUUAAGAGCGAAAGACGAUCAUAAGAAUUCACAAGUUAUAGUAAAAACAACUCAUCCAGGUAUGAUAGUUUUUGUGUGUAUUGUGUUGUUGUUGGUACUUUUAGCAAGUGGUACUGUUUGGAUUGGAAUGAGAGGGAGAACACUAAAGAUGGUACAUUGGAGGCAAAAUACAGCUGAUGUGGAUUACCAAAGUAUCGAAAUUAAGAGCCUGGAAAGUUUAAGUCAUGUAGAAAGAUGGUAAAAUAAGUCUGAAGAAUAAAAUAUUUGUAAGCCUAAUUUAAAUUUGUAUUAUUUGUUUAUCUUUUGUAAUAUUUUAAAUAUUUUAAAUCAAAGCUAAAAUGGAGCAGCGUAGCAUAAAUGUAUUAUUUAAAAAUUAGAAAUUUUUUCAUCAACCAACUAAAAAAUAAUCAAUACUGAUAUUGCUAUAUAAAUAGUAAUUUUUUUAAAUUUACGUUAAAACAUUAAACAUGUCAUAUUGAUUGAAUAUUGUUUGAAAAAAUAUCAACAGCAUAAUUAUUAAUUGUAUUUAUAUUUUUAAUGAUUUAUAUUACUGAAUUUUACUGUAUUUCAUUAUUAUUUUUAUUCAAUUAUAUAAUUUUAUGGAGAAAAUUAUGUAUUAAAACUGACAUUUUGUACGACAGCAUUAUUAUUAAUUAUAGACCUGGCGUGUAAAUAUGAAUUUAAGUAGAUAAUUAAAUGUGGAAAAUUAUUAUUGUUA